UUCUCUGCUGAAAGAGUGACGCUACUUGGAUAUCCAGGAAGAGGAGACAAGGACGGGGAGGGUAACUGGUUGUCCGCUGUCGUUACUAUUGAAUGCUUGCUCCAAAUAGCUAAAUGAGCCGCAACAACUGCAAAAAUGAUCCGCUGUAACAUGCUCAGAAUUCCAGAAAUCUGACUUAUUCCUAGUCUAUUCUCAGCUUCUGGACCCCUACCAGCAGAGCCUAAGGAAUGUGUCGCAUAAUAUAAAACUUCAGUCGUGGAAAAAUACAGGUUUCUAUUUCUGUGACGGUCACAAAAAAAAAACAGAUGGCUGACUCAGCAGACCAAAGACACCAACUUUGAGACACCCCUGGAGGAGGGAAAAAUGGAGUAGUGAUUUCCUCAGGCACCAGAAGUGGAGCAUUACCAGGGGCAGCUGGGUUUCUUUCCUGUGGUGAGAAAGGAAACCCUGUUGCAGAAGAGCACUCCACUUCACCUUUUCCCGCACAGCAACAGUCCAGUUACUGGAACGGCAAGGGAAUGGAUUGAAGGGAAUUGGUUUGUGGCAUCAGUGGCUUAUAGUUGGGCAAGAGGAGAAUCAGACCUACCAUCUCAGCUUCACAAAACCGAGCCCUGUCAGUAGUGCUGAGUCAAAGAUCGAAUGAAGUCCAUGAAAAGGAAGCAUUUCGGCGAAAGUCUUUGUGAUGGGUCAAGAAUCUGGGAAGGCAGCAUGGCCCAGACCAGCAGGAGGUUAUCAGACUCUCACUGGAAGAAGAUAUGGGAGAAGGCAUGCUUAUGUUAGCUUUCGGCCCUCCAUUGGCAAGCCAUGGAAACAUAAUGAGCACCAGUGGGAAAGAAUGGAGCCAAACACUGUUAUGAAAGAUGAUGGUUUAUCUGCCAGUGGAAUCUUAUCAACAAAUGAAUUGCUUUCACAACGCACUGGAUAUGACCAAACUAUGGAUCCCAAAAACAAUGAGGAUUUUGAGCUUCAAAGAGAGAAUGGAUUUUUGUCAUCACCUUUGAAUCAAAGACUUGCUCAAUGCGAGUCCAAUGAAUUUGUUUCACCCGGUGCUACAGAACCAUCAGUUGGUUGUUUGGAUAGCAGGAAUGCAGAACCCUCCAAGUGGUCAAUUCCUAGUGAUAUUUUUGAGACUACCUCUGGAAAUCAGGUUGGCAUUGGUCUUGUAAGCAUGGAUUCAUAUGAACCAGAAAGUAGUGAAGGAGAGGAUGAAGAUUCAGCUACUCAUUCCUGCUUACAGAAAGAAGGAAAACUUCAGAAAAGGUUGGACACAAUGCUUUCAGAGUUAGAAAAAGGUGUUGACUAUCUUAAUGGGCUACAGUCCUACCUCUCUGCUGUAAUCCAUGAUGGUAGCAACCAACAAAUUGAGCCACCGUGUUCUGUGGCAAUGGAUAAUUUACCGGAUAUGAACUUUGCCAUUAAAGAACAUCACAGUGAAUUGAAAGAGCACCAGAAACCUUUACCAACAUUAGAAAAUGUGGAAGAAAUGAAUGGGCAUGUCAAAAUGGAGGAGAUUAAGGAGAAAACAGAAAGGAAUCUCGACAAGAACUCACUGGGUGUUCAAACUGAAGGAAACAUAUUCUGUUGUAUGUUAGAGCAACCAAGCUCCUCAGAGAUGGUAGUAAGACCAAAAGAUAGGAAGCAGAGAAUUGACACCAAUUCUAUGAGAGAUCUGCACUCACCUGAUGAUAUUUACAGCCAUUGUACAAAAGAAAUGAAAAAUAACAUGGGAUGUUGUGGAUCAAAUAUUGCCCUUAGGAAUUGCAUGGAUAAAAUCCAUAAUGAUUUAAAACUUGGAUCUGAAUCUGACGUCAAGGGAACAACUGGUAUUCACAUAGAACAGGCUACCAACCAACAGGAAGACUCUGAUGAUACCACAGAUGACAGCUUCUGGGAUGACUUUGAAAAUGAUUGUACUAUAGGAGAAGAGAGCAGCUCAUUAAGCAGUGGUGAGGAGUGGUCAGCGUUAUGGACCUCUGAUUUUGUCUUAGAAAAAAUGCACUCUAGUGAUGAAAGCUGGGAAACUUUAUCAGGCGGUGAUGAACAGCUAACUGAACCAAACAGUAGCAGCCUGGAUGAAGAAGCCUUUGAACACUGUUUCGCUGUAGGAGAACCAACCUCCUUAGAAGAAGGAGAGAUUCCUUGGGUGGCAUUUAAUGAAGAAAGUGAUUGCACUAGUACCAGCAGCAGCAGCAGCACCGAUGAGACUGAGGGACUUGAUCAACUUGGGCAAUCAGGGCUUUUAAUUCUAAAUGACAGCAACAACUUUGAAGAUGAUUCCAGCAUCAGUGAAGACUUGGAUAUGGAAUGGAGACUGCUCGAUGAACUUGGUGAAGGACUUACUGCUCAAGCUAUAUCAUCUGUUAAUCCACAGCUCCUUUCGUUCAUGGCUCUUGAAGAGCGAUUGGCUCAAGCAAUGGAGGCUGCUUUAGCACAUCUGGAAUCUUUGGCCAUAGAUGGGGAGCAGGCUCCACCUCCAGCAUCCAGUGAGACAAUUGAAUGCUUACCACAAGUUCCAAUCACUGAGGAGCAUCAUGGCCUGGAACAAUCCUGUGCUAUCUGUUGCAGUGAAUAUGUGAAAGAAGAUUUGGUUACAGAAUUGCCCUGUCAUCAUAUAUUUCAUAGACCAUGUGUGACCCUCUGGUUGCAGAAGUCUGGCACAUGCCCCGUUUGUCGUCACAUUCUCACAUCGACACUUCCAGAAGCUGCUGCAGCUGCUACAUUUUUGCCCGAACCAGCGACCCCUCCGCCUACGCGUGAUGGUCCGACAAUACGAUAAAGUCUGAUUUUACCCAGUGAAUGUCAAAGGAACUUGCACUGUUUAAAUAGGAUCAAAAAGUAUGAAUCAUAUGUUUGUGAUUUUUGCUGUAGGCUUAUUUUGUUUAAAGGCUGACAAAACUGUCUUACUACUAGUGAGGAGUUUAAUUCUGCAUUAUUAUUUUAUGUAAAAUAUCUUCAAUUAAUGUUUAUUCUUUUGUGACAGAAAAAUAGAUCUUGUAAAUAUUUUUGUGGGGUUAGAUUUAUGAUGUACUUGUUUCUCUGUUUAAGUGUAAUUCUGACUAAGUGUUUUAUUUUUAAAUAAUCAUGUAUUUUGAUGCUGAUAAUUGUAUUUGCAAGGAGCUUUGGGGCACAAAUGUACUGUGAGGUUUAUUUUGAAAUUUAAUUCUAAGUUUUUUUUUGUUUAACGCAGUAACACACUUACUUUACACUGGGUGAUGGAGCGCGAGGAAGUUGUCUUAGUUCCAUUGGAUAACGUUGUUUAGUUUCUUACAAUGUGACCAGCAUAAUGACCCAUAAAUGAAGACAACAUCUGAAAUCACAACAGCAUUGAGUAUUGUUUCACCUCCAAUAAAGUGCAUCAUUAAAACUGUAACCACUGCCAUACUCUCUAAUUGGAAUGUUAUCACGAAUCAAAGUUCUGGAAAUAAUUUAUUUUAACAUUUAAAAUUAAAGCACAUGUAACAAAGUUUUAUAGUUAGCAGCUAGCAACAUUGAAAUUUUGAUAGAUUUUUACAUAGAGAAUCCCUUCCAUAUUUUUCAAGCAAGACAGUGUGAAUUCUUAAAAUGAAUCUAUUACUGUAUUUAUCCAUAAUACAAGCAGUGAGAAUUGUCAGGUGGUCUUGUAUAACAGUAGAAAAUGUCGAGUACACAUUUUGGUCAGAAUGUCUCACUUUUAUGUCAGAAGGGUGAACGUCCAAUGAAAUUGCUUUAUAUUAAAAUAACAGUACCUUUGAAACCCUCAGUUUUCAAUUCAUGGGAUACAGCUUUCAUUUUUUGUUGUUGUGUAUUCUUGGGAUGAGGGGGGUAUUGUUAGGAAGAACACUAUUUCUGACUUGCCUCACAUUAAACUCUGAGGAAAACAGUUGAGAGUCGUAUCAUCGUAGCUUUGGCUCCAUGAAUUCUGAAUCAGGUAAGAACAGCUUUCCUUCCCCAAGAGCAGGUUGUGAACCAUUUGAAUCUUACAGCUCUCCAACAACUUCAAAGUUGUUUGCAAAUCCAAGUCAGUUACUUGGAAAUUUUUCUAGACUUUUAUUUAAAUUCUCAAACUGUGAAGGAUUUGAUCAUGCAUUGAAAAGUAAUGGGGAGAGCAAAAAGGGGCAAUGAGGUAUCAAUGG